CUGGUCACGUGGGUUGGCGACUGAUGCAUUUGUCGCGUUUGGGGAAACGCGUCUGUCGUUACAGUGCCCAUCUUCAACCCGACUACGCCAGCGUCGCGACGUCAGAGACCAUUUAGAAAGCCGCAAAUGCAUCCCAGCGGCAAUGGCGAGCUGGUUCGUAAGUGGGCGGCCGGCACUUAUGGCUGCACUCGAGAAUGUUUGCAGGCAAAUCGAUGAUGAGAUGGAAGCGGAGGUCAAUUGCAACUACAAGGACGCUGCCAUUGACGAACGACCGAAUCCAGUUACUCACGAUGCCUCUGUGCAGACCGACGAACCUGACAUCCCCUCACCUGAACAUCUCAAGCGUGCCUACAUCAAACUACAGCGCAAGUACGAGGCUCUCGACAAGCAGUUCAAGACUGCAAAAGAUGCUAUCGCGACAGCCAAGUCCGAAAGAAGCGGAUGGAGACGCUACGCCGAACAACUGGAGCGCAGUAUCAGCCACGCCCAGAAUAUCCACGGCAUCGAAAUCGCUGUCCUGCCACUGCCAGGCACAGUCAAUCAUGAGCCACCGGAUGCUCUGAAAGAGCAAUCUGCCGUGCGCGGCAGCAGUGUUCAGUCCGCAGAUGAGAACCUGGCUGAGCAUAGUCUGCUCCCCAGUACAGUGCCAGGGACCUCUCAAACUCACUCGGAUCAGCCCGUGUCGCAGACACAUGACUCUACCGCAUCUACCCAGGAUGGCUCCGAGCAGGGUACCCAUACGGAUCUCCCGCCCUUGCCAAAAGACAGCAACGUGGCCCCGGUCACGAUCAAGCAAGAGAUCUCGUCAGACACUCCGGUUUUUGUGUCUGAGAAGAUCCUGCGAAAACGGAGGAGGACUGAAGAGGCCCAGGCCACAGCUCGCGCCAUCAAGCCCGAACCCAGCGAAUCGGGAUCGAGUCCACUGGUCAGCCUGCACCAUUGCAGCUUCGUCCCGCAGGAAAGCUUCGACCUCGACGCAACAGCUCAAGUUGUUGAUACACCUCGAAAACGCAGGCAGCUGCAAAUCAUACAUGAGCCGACACAACCUGAGCGGGUCCCUCCAAUGGCGCCCCCUCCAGUUGCAGCUGCGUCUGCAUCUCCAAGGGUUCCCGAGGAGACACGUACCCCACGUCAGCCAUACUUGUCAAGUUUCUCUUCAGCUCUGACGCCUGUGGAUGUGAAUCGACGCCCGCAGAGGUCUGCCCCUGCUGCAUCCACCGAGAAGCGGAUGAAGAAAGGUCUCAGCGACGGCAUAGGAAGCCUCGCCGAGGACAGCGGCGGGUACAGACCAGAUGGCAGGGACAGAGCGCAGAUGCCAGAGGCGAGUAAGGGUCGCCUCGACAGUCUGCUCAACAGCCCAUCGCCAGCUCAGCAGUCAGCCUCGAUCUUACGCCCGAUUCGCCGAGCAAAAGACACCCAGGGGUUGCCCAAUGACGAACUUGGCAUUCCAAAACCACGAGCGUUGCCAUUCGACCAGUCUGGACGAGCAACUCCCAAGCGGCCCAGUGAUGUUCGGACCCCCCAGUCAGCGCGGACGCCUCUGGCAGAGACGACCAACAACUCUGUACUGCGCAACAGACAGCCGCCAAAGGGAAGCUUGCGCACCAAGAAGGUCGCCGAGCUACAGCUGGACGACUUUAGGAUCAACCCAAAGUCCAAUGAAGGCCUUGACUACGCGUUUUCAGAUGUCGUUCGUAAUAAGGAUGAAAGAGCAUGUUUGCAGGGCUGUGUGGCAGACGAUUGCUGCGGGCCACAGUUUCGCGGGUUGGCACAAGCAGAGCGACCCAAGGAGCCACUUACCGGGCUCCAGCGUCAGGAGGAGCAGAAGCUGUUAGAGGAAUAUCUAGGAGACGACGCCUGGAAGAUUGGGCAAAUGGGCCCUGAAGAGCGUCUGAAGACAUGGAUAGAAGCAAAGGCGCGCCAACUGUCCAACAGGAUCGGGACACACAAGGCCCGCUUCGCUCGUGUACGCUCGCCGCCGGGGUUCUGGGAAACCGACUUCCCAACCACGCAAGAGCGCGAUCAUGAGAAGGUGGAAGCUCAAAGGCGAGAGCGGCAGAAGGUUGAGGAACGACGUAGGGAGGCUAUGCGCCCCGGCGGCGUCUGGGUUUUCAGGGACGAACUAGCGAAGUGACUCUGGACGUUGCAGUCUUCAUGCUGGCUCGUAGAACUCGAAUAUUGUCCAAGCAACCCCGUACAAUCCAUAUUGCCUGCUGUCUUCGCCACCUGCGCCUCGCACCCACGUUCAUGACUUCAAGCAACAUGCCCACGUGGAGCACGAGACAUGGUGGAUCGAUGCUGUUACGGUCGCGGGGUGCCACGCCGCCAAACACUAACAGCCCUCGUCCAUGUUUAUUGUCCGCCUGAACCAAACACGCGAGGGCGCGCGGAUGGCAUUGUUAAAGCAGACCAGAAGAGUACGUAGCUGGUGUUUAGGGAGAAUUCGAGGCUUUAUGAACCUCUUCAUGUAACCGUGUGUUGCUGUUCCACUACAGGCUGAAUGCGUAGGUAGGUGGACGAUCGGGAAAUUUAAAAU